AUGGGGGGUACUUGUUUUUUUGUAUCGAUUUUUACAGAAAGCUGUCAGGGACCGCAUGAGAAGCGACUGCUGAACCACCUGCUCUCCACGUACAACACUUUGGAGCGACCGGUGGCCAAUGAAUCGGAGCCUUUGGAGGUGAAAUUCGGACUGACACUGCAGCAGAUCAUCGAUGUGGACGAGAAGAAUCAGCUUCUCAUAACGAAUCUUUGGCUUUCGUUGGAGUGGAACGACUACAAUCUGCGCUGGAAUGAGACGGAAUAUGGCGGGGUCAAGGACCUGCGAAUCACACCCAACAAGCUGUGGAAGCCCGACGUCCUCAUGUACAACAGCGCGGAUGAGGGAUUCGAUGGCACGUAUCACACCAACAUUGUGGUCAAACAUAACGGCAGUUGUCUGUACGUGCCCCCUGGUAUCUUCAAGAGCACAUGCAAGAUAGACAUCACGUGGUUCCCAUUCGAUGACCAACAUUGCGAAAUGAAAUUCGGUAGUUGGACUUACGAUGGAAAUCAGUUGGAUUUGGUUUUGAAUUCCGAAGAUGGAGGGGAUCUUUCCGAUUUCAUAACAAAUGGCGAGUGGUACUUGCUUGCCAUGCCGGGAAAGAAGAAUACGAUAGUCUACGCCUGCUGCCCAGAACCAUAUGUCGAUAUCACCUUUACUAUACAAAUUCGCCGCCGUACAUUAUAUUUUUUCAAUUUAAUUGUGCCAUGCGUGCUAAUCUCAUCGAUGGCCCUCUUGGGCUUCACCUUGCCGCCGGACUCGGGCGAGAAGCUGACCCUGGGCGUAACUAUACUACUAUCAUUAACAGUAUUUCUAAACCUUGUCGCCGAGUCCAUGCCGACAACGUCGGACGCUGUUCCUCUUAUAGGCACCUACUUCAACUGCAUCAUGUUCAUGGUCGCAUCGUCGGUGGUGCUGACAGUUGUGGUGCUCAACUACCAUCAUCGCACAGCGGACAUCCACGAGAUGCCACCGUGGAUCAAAUCCGUUUUCCUACAAUGGCUGCCCUGGAUCUUGCGGAUGGGGCGACCCGGCCGCAAGAUCACACGCAAAACAAUACUACUAAGCAAUCGCAUGAAGGAGUUGGAGCUGAAGGAGCGCUCCUCCAAGUCCCUGCUAGCCAAUGUCCUCGACAUCGACGAUGACUUUCGGCACACAAUAUCGGGCUCCCAGACGGCCAUCGGUUCGUCGGCUAGCUUUGGCCGGCCCACAACGGUGGAGGAGCACCACACGGCCAUCGGCUGCAAUCACAAAGAUCUUCACUUAAUUCUCAAAGAAUUGCAAUUUAUUACGGCGCGCAUGCGCAAAGCUGACGACGAAGCGGAAUUGAUUAGCGAUUGGAAGUUCGCGGCAAUGGUUGUGGAUAGGUUUUGUUUAAUUGUUUUCACGCUCUUUACGAUUAUUGCAACGGUAACCGUGCUGCUCUCGGCUCCGCACAUAAUCGUGCAAUAAGGACGCUCGAAUUAGACAAUUAAGCUACAGGAUACGGAAACGCCCACGCGCACACACACACGGAGUGUGUGCCGCUGCGGCUGCGGGAGGAUGCCUAGUUAAGUUCUUUUUCAAAAACCAAAAACUAGCGAAGCUGCUUCGAUACAAAGCAAAAAAUACAAAAGAAAAAAACAAACCAAAAGGAUAAUACAAA